AAAAAGAAAAGCCUAAUUUCUUUUAAUAACCAUUGCAACGACAACGUUUAAAGCUGUAAAAGCAUUUCGUAUCUUCACAAACCAACGCCGCCUCCUCCACUUCACUCUCUGGUGCCCCGUUUGAGCUGAACACAUACCGAAAUGGCGUCCUUAAUGACAAUGCUAAGAAGCAGCAGAGGGAACGCUUCCAUCUUCAGCACCAGGAGGUGGGCCCACAUCGCUGCCAUGCCUCCGCCGUUGGGUGGGGCCAUGCCUCAACCUAACAUUUCACCGCCACUGUUGGUUCUGCCAGAGUCCGAUCGGGACCCAGAGAAGAACAGAAACAUCGGAUUCGGGUUCCCGAGUUUCUUGUUCGGUGGAUCCAUGGAGCUCAUGGCUGUCCCCAAGAGGAAGACUUCUCCCCACAAGAGAGGCAUAAGAAAUGGCCCGAAGGCUCUGAAACCUGUUCCGGUGAUAGUUCGAUGCAGGGGUUGUGGUCGUGUCAAGCUACCGCACUUUUAUUGUUGUAGCGGUAGAGAAAAUGCCGGUGAGCAUGAUGACUCAAGAAGUUGAGAUUGAAGUCGCUGUGGUGUAGAGCACCCAACUAUAGUAGACGUGUUGGAUGGAGAGGUUAAAACCCUAGAAUUUACUAUCAAAUGGCUCCUUUCUUUUCUGUUACUGUGCCAAAACUGAGAUUUGUGGUAGGUCUUAAAGAAAAAGCAACCGAAUUGAUGUUUUGUUCACUUAAUCAAAGGCAAUUUUGUUCGCCCUCA